AUGAUGGUAAAUUCAACUUUGUAUUACUUUAUCUUGAGCACUUAUGUGGAGGUCGGAACUUUGAAGUAUUUGUACUUUAUCUUGACCUCAUUGUUGUACACUACUAUUUUAAUGGUCAACAUGUCUCUCAUUGUGGUUAUCUGUAUGCACAGAAACCUUCAUGAACCUAUGUACAUAUUCCUCUGCAGUCUGUUUGUUAAUGAGCUGUAUGGUGGUACAGGGCUGUUUCCAUUCCUCCUGGUUCAGCUUCUCUCUGACAUCCACACAGUUGCUGCUCCCAUCUGUUAUUUGCAGAUUUUUUGUUUGUACACAUAUGGCCAGAUAGAGUUUUGUAACUUAGCUUUAAUGUCUUAUGACAGAUAUCUCGCUAUCUGUCACCCUCUCCAGUAUAACACACAUAUGUCAUUAAAUAGAGCAGUACUUCUCAUAGCUGUAAUAUGGCUUUACUCCUUUAUCAAAUUCUUAAUAACCUUAUGCUUAAGCGUCACCUUGCCACUUUGUGGAAACAUUAUCCACAGUUUGUACUGUCAUAACUACCUUAUUGUUAAGUUAGCCUGCUCUGACACAAAAGUGAAUAACAUUUAUGGAAUAUUUGGCUCAGUUCUCACCAUUGUUGUUCCUCUGCUUCCAAUCCUUUACUCGUACGGAAAAAUACUCCAGGUUUGUUUUUCUGGAUCCAUACAGACCAGAAAAAAAGCUGUGGUUACCUGUGCACCUCAUCUGGCUUCCCUCAUGAACUUUUCUUUUGGCUGUAUGUUUGAAAUACUUCAGGCUCGGUUUGAUACAGCCAGUAUGCCCACUGCACUACGCAUUGUUCUGUCACUUUAUUUCCUCCUCAUACAGCCAAUCCUGAAUCCUGUAAUGUAUGGACUGCAGCUUUCAAAAAUAAGAAACACAUUUAAGCAUGUUGUCUGUUAUAGAGACAAAGACACUGUGUAG